GUUAUUCAAGAAUUCCAGUUUAUGAGGGAGACAGAAAGCAAGUGACCUCAAUGCUCUACAUUAAAGAUUUGGCAUUGGUUGAUCCAGAUGAUUGCACUCCACUAAGAACUUUAACUCAGUUUUACCAAAAUUCGUGCUAUUUUGUUUUUGAAGAUACUACCCUAGAUGUCUUGCUCAAAUCAUUCAAAGAAGGUAACAAAGGUCAUAUGGCAUUUGUUCAACGUGUAAAUAAUGAGGGUGAAGGUGAUCCAUUCUAUGAAACCAUCGGACUGGUGACUUUAGAAGAUGUUAUUGAAGAACUGAUUCAAGCUGAAAUCAACGAUGAGACAGAUGUCUAUGUUGAUAACCGAUCAAAAAGAAGAAGGGAAAAAAGGCAUAAUCCACGGCAAGAUUUCACUGCCUUUGUUCAACGCAAUGAAAAUCAACGCUUCUUUAUAUCACCGCAGCUUAACCUUGCUACCUUCCAGUUCCUUAGUUCAAGUGUAGACCCUUUCAAACCAGACAUCAUAUCUGAAACGAUUUUAAUGAGAAUGUUAAAGCAAGAUGUCUUCUUCAAAAUCACAAUUAAUACAAAAGAUAUAACAAAAGAUGAUCUGUCAACGUAUAUCUAUCAGCAGGGUAAACCUGCUGAUUAUUUUAUCCUGAUCUUGGAGGGCCGAGUUGAAGCCACAGUUGGUCGAGAGAAUCUCAUUUUCGAAAGUGGGCCAUUCACUUAUUUUGGAACUCAAGCGUUACAACAAAAUAUAGGCUUAGGUGCUGAAUCUCCAACAAACAAUGUUUCACAGCCUCUUGGAAGUUUGCAGUCUGUGAAUCUUGAUUCUAUGUUACGUUACACUUUUGUGCCUGAUUAUUCCGUACGAGCUGUUACGGAUGUCUGUUAUGCUCGCAUUAAGCGCUCUCUUUACCUUGCUGCAAAGAGGGCUACACUAAUGGAGCAGUCAAAGAAAGGCUCCGUGACAGACAACUUCAAUGAUGAGGUUGAUAAGUUACUUGCUGGUGAAGAUGAUUCAAAAAGUCAAAGCUCUCCUGAAAUGACGAGAAAUACAUCGCAAAUAUUUAUUACAACAGAUUGUGAUGGUUGGUUGCAGUUAGAUGAACUGAAUGGCCAGUUUAAUGACUUCAGCCCUACCCAGCAUCAGCACAAACAGAACUCCACCAAGUCUUCAUCAUUAAUCUCACCGGUGUGUCCUCGCUCCAAGAUUGAUGGCAUUGAAAUUGCAAGCCUUGAGGAGCAAGAGAACCUACUUGAUCACAGAAGCAAUUGUCAAGAAGAAACUGGUGUAUCAUAACAGUGGCUGAUAUUGACGUUUUUCAUUGUGACUGUACAUUGAGUCAGUCAGAUUUGAUGCUUUGAUUCGCUCUUGUCAAAUAAGGAAAGAAGAUUUUAUAUAAAGUGUCUAAAGUAUUUGAGAAUUUGAUGAUUCCAGCAUAAGAGGGACUUGGAAGUUAAAGAAAAUACCAAAUGGAAAUUUAGAAUGGAACAAAUCGGGAUUUAAUGAUUUUUUAAAGAUCCCCCUUUUGAACAUCCCCUGCUAAAGAAAGUAGAGUUCUUGUCACUGGUUUAGUGAAUGUAAGUAGCAAUUAAUAGACCUGCUCUCUAAGGGAUAGUAAAUGUCAAAUGAGACGAUUGGAGUUCAA